UUUAAAGAGCCCAAGUAUUAAGAUGGCGGCAAGUAGGAUGCUCAGAGCUGUCGCUCCUUAUCUCAAGCCAUUUUCAAGAAAUUUCUCCUCUGCAGAAAUAAGGACAGUAACUUUGAUACCUGGAGAUGGUAUAGGUCCUGAAAUAUCUGCAUCUGUCCAACAAAUCUUCAAAGCUGCUAAUGUGCCCAUAGCAUGGGAUGUAGUAGAUGUAACUCCAGUUAAAGGUCCAGAUAGUCGACUGCACAUCCCACAGAAAGCUAUAGAUUCAGUGAACAAGCAUGGGGUUGGAUUGAAGGGCCCACUCAUGACCCCCAUUGGGAAAGGGCAUCAGUCUUUGAAUUUGGCCCUAAGGAAAGAGUUUCACUUGUAUGCAAAUGUUCGACCAUGCAAGUCGCUAGAGGGCUACAGAACCUUGUACAACAAUGUCGACCUGGUGACCAUCAGGGAGAACACUGAAGGGGAGUACAGUGGUAUUGAACAUGAGAUUGUAAGUGGAGUUGUACAGAGUAUCAAGUUAAUAACAGAGAGAGCUUCAAGGAGAGUGGCAGAGUUUGCAUUCAAGUAUGCCAAGGAUAACAACAGGCAUAGAGUUACUGCUGUCCACAAAGCUAACAUCAUGAGGAUGUCAGAUGGAUUGUUUCUAAAGUGCUGCAGGGAGGCUGCUGAGCAGAACCCGGAGAUAACAUUUGAUGAGAUGUACCUUGAUACCACAUGCCUCAAGGUUGUUGAGGACCCGAAUAGGUUUGAUGUACUUGUCAUGCCUAACCUGUAUGGAGAUAUCAUGAGUGAUCUGUGUGCUGGAUUGAUUGGAGGUCUUGGAGUAACACCAAGCGGAAACAUCGGUGAAAAUGGCGCAAUUUUUGAAUCUGUGCAUGGCACGGCUCCGGACAUUGCGGGGCACGACAAGGCCAACCCGACGGCCCUCCUUCUGAGUGGGGUCAUGAUGUUGCGCUAUAUGAACCUAAAUUCGCACGCCGAUAUGAUUGAGAAGGCCACCUUUGCUACUAUCAAAGAGGGAAAGGCACUGACAGGCGAUCUUGGUGGGACUGCAAAAUGUUCAGAAUACACCAAUGAAAUCUGCUCCAAGAUCUCAUAAAUUACUCACCAAUUAAUUCAUUUAUCAUCAAAAUCCUCUAUUUGAGGGUGUACUUAACUGAGAAUUAUGUUGAUCAUAUGCUUUUCUUUGUUUGUGGCGAUUUUAAAAUCUCAAAAAGUUGUACAUUUGUAAUUCUUAGCAUGAUGUAUUUCCGCAUGGUUUGUGAUAACAUAUAGGCUAUUUAAUAGCAUAUAUGCAGUGCAAACAUCAGUUACGACUGCAUCUGAGAGCCGCAGGUUCGUGUUUGGAAUUAAUAUCUUUCUAUUUCUUGUUAGGUUGUUUUAUUUUGCAUUGUUAGUAACGCGUAGAUAUCAUCGCGUACGUUGUUAUUACUCUUUCAGAUUUGUCACUGUUUUAGUUUCAAAUGUUCUCCUCUAUGUCAAAUUUCUUUAUUUUUACGUAUUUAGUUUUUUACCAGUUCUAUUUUUUAAGUAAUAAAUCGAUUUAUUUCAUAUUUUUAUUUUUUAUGUGUUUCUUGUUGCCUCUGAAAACUUCGAAUUCACCAUGUAAUUAUUGUACACGAAAGUUUUAAAUCAUUGCCUACUGUUUUAAUAUUUAGACCUGAAAAUUUGAUUUAUUUUGUUUUUUUUUUAUUAUUAAGAAUUGGAGAAAUAUUUUUAGGAGAAAGAGAAAUAUUGGAGAAAUAGUCAUAGGAAAAAUUUUUGAAUUCACGAUUUAUGAAUAAAAUUUUCUUUAUAAUCC